AAAACCAGUGGGGUGGGAAGCUGAAUUGAAGUUGUUUUGGUCUUAUAGACCACCACCCAUACAAAAUGAGAAUCGAAACCUGUUACUUUUGCAGUCGCCCUGCUUACCCCAGCAAGGGUAUCACCUUUGUGCGCAACGAUGCCCGAGUCUUUAGAUUCUGCCGCAGCAAGUGCCACAAGAACUUCAAGAUGAAGCGAAACCCUCGCAAGCUCAAGUGGACAAAGGCCUUCCGUAAGGCCGCCGGCAAGGAGAUGACGGUCGACUCUACUCUGCAGUUCGCCGCCCGCCGCAACGUUCCCGUCCGCUACGACCGAGAGCUCAUGGGCAAGACCCUCAAGGCCAUGGAGCGCGUGUCCGAGAUCCGUCAACGUCGCGAGCGCGUCUUCUACAAGAAGCGCAUGGCUGGCAAGCGUGAGCGUGAGCUUGCCACCGCCCGCAAGCUCGUCGCUGAGAACGAGCACCUCCUGCCCCGCAUGCGCGGCAGCGAGAAGAAGCGCCUGCGCGAGCUGGGCUUGACCGAGGAGGAUAUCGAGGAGAUGGAGCCCGAGCGCCAGAAGUCCAAGGCUUUCGGUGGCGAGAAGAAGAGAGUCGCCAUUGCUCUCGAGGUCGACGACGACGAGGACGAUGACGAGGAGGGCGAGAGCGGCAUGUUUGACGAUGAAGACGAAGAGGAUGACGACGAGGACGACGAUGAUGAGAUGGGUGAUGUCGACAUGGAAGACUGAACGAAAAAAGUCAUUGUCGGUGGAUAAAUAGAAAAAGUUGAUGCAACAUGUCCACGCGCGGAGGCGGGCUACUAAGACAGCGAAAGCAAAAAAGGUCUACGAGACAAGGGCGUUAUGGGUGUUUUUGAUUCGAAGGCAUACCACGGCGUUGGGAUACUAUAGAGAGAAAGCAUUUUUCUUCGUCAUGCAGAGCGCGCGCACCCAAGAAAGAAAGAGUUGGAUGUGACCUGUUGUUUUUGACGGAAUGAUUUGUGUUUCCCAAUUAUCUGUAUCCCAACGAGCAAGUCCGGGUUGACCUUUUGUCAUUCUCAUUCCGGAGCGUUCAGUACGGGACGCUUUCGAAUGAUUUGGACAGGCAGGCUAUUAUCAUCAUCAAUGUUAUAGAACCAACUUUUGAAAAAGAGGUCACUUAAUAAAACAAGGUUAACCAA